AUGCCCUUCCUGCAAGUUUCUGUCAUUCUCGCUAGUGUGAUCCAUGGAUGUGUAUACCAUGCACGUGGCUCCUCAUCAGGUGUGCUUAGCGUUUUCGUAGCUGGCUUCGCAUCCCUUGUCAACUCUUCCCUUAAAGUCGGCAGCAAUACAUAUAGGCGCUUCGAUCCUGCGAUUCCAGCAUGGCUAGUAGUUCAGCACAUUUAUCUGCCCAGACGAGACGGCAUAUGCCAACUCCGGCGAGAAAAGGUAUGCCGUAGCAACUCUCGCCCUACCAAAACGAUUCUAACUAUCAAAGCCCACACGCAUCGAGGUCAUAUCAGCAACGUCACCACGUUGCGGCGAAGCCGGCGUCUCACAAGGACGUCGGCGGUUGAAGAGUGGCCAAAGGUCCAGACAAAUACCGAACAGGCAUGUGUGCACCAAGCUAUAUGUUCAGCGACACCCCAAACCGUCCUCGAGAAGACCACGAGGCUCCAUCCUCUCAUGCGUCUCCUCAUCGACCACGAACAUCUGCGCCCCCAAUCAGCGAGGCUCGGGUUGAACACUGGACGAAAAACGGAGCCUGGCCAACAGAAGAAAGAAGAAGAGCAGACAAUGGAUCGGUUUCGGGAUAUCGUUAACGAUGCGCUCGCAAGAAAGCGAUCGAGUUCCUUUAGCCGCAAACGCUCAAAUGCCAGCUUAAGUACAGAAACAGCUCAGACACAGACUCCAAGCAGCCAACAAUUGCGGGAUCAGAAGAGUGCACCGUAUAAACAUCCACUGUUUGAAGAUCAAUCAAAGGAGUGUGACAGCUUUAUGGACGAUUGCGAUGAAGGCAUUAGCGCUCAAAGCAAAAAGCUUUGUCAAACGCUCCUGAGAGCACCGCAGCCACCACCUGAGCAUACUCUCUUCUCUGACGAUAACCUGUUCAAGAAAACGUGCAAAAGGAUCAGGGGCGAGAACGAGACCAAGGUGAUCCGCGAUAUUGCACAGCUCAUUGUUCCUUCAGCUGAGAUACUAGCCGAUAAGGGAGCCAAACACUUAGAAAUCCUUCGAGAGACUACCAAUGCGUGCUGGGUCAACACCGUCCCCUUUAUCAGACCUCCCGGUUCUCGACCUGCUCCUCGUCCGCAGCCUGACUUUGGCCCUGGAUUUAAGAGAGACGCAUUCAAUCGGGAACAGCUUCAGAAGCUGCGACCUUAUAUCGGCGACCCUCUUGCUGAUUGCUCGUUAAUGGCAGCUACGUAUAAUAUGUAUUUUCCAUUCCUCACCAGCGAGGUCAAUUGUGGAGCAACCGGUCUUGAUAUUGGUGAUCGACAGAACGCCCACAGUCAAUCCGUCAUAUUACGUGGUCUAACUGCACUUUUCCGCCUGGUAGGCCGGGAGAACGAACUGCAUCGGGAAAUUAUUGGUUUUUCUAUCUCUCAUAGUGGUGUGGAUGUGAGAAUUUACGGCCAUUACCCUGUCAUUAAUAGUAGAGAUAUCAAAUUCCACCGACAUCCAAUUGCCGAAUUCAAUAUCUCGCCAACGGCAGAAGGAGAUCAAAGGUGGAAGGCAUACAAUUUUGUCCGGAAUGUCUACGAUUUGUGGCUCCCAGAGCACUUCAAUGGAGUCCGCUCUGUUAUCGAUAUGUUACCUGCUGACCUAAACUUUGAAGUCUCUGAUCAGUCAGAGCUUCAAUUCCUAGACCAGGAACCGGCUUCAUCACGCUCAGGACUGUCCCAGCAAUUUGAGGAUCACAAUUUAGCCAAUGAAGGGGUGAUACGGGGCAGCCGGGAACACGCCCAGCAAAUUACACCGGACACAACAAUCCGGUCUGAGCCAAGCAGAUCCAAGAGGAAAAAGUAG